AUGUCUUUCUUUUCGACCUCAUACCCCCCUCGAAUACCUGGCUCAACUCCCGAUAGGUUUUUAAUCAUCGCCAUGAAUCUCCUUCUGGCUCCUCGCCCCAAGGUCAGUCGGUUUGGAAGAUCUGGGUUGCUGCAGAAACUCAACGACGACUGCUGGCUGCCUGCUUCCUCCUGGAUGUCCACAGUUCACGGUAUCAUCAACGACCCACAUGAUCCUCAAACAUGGACACGACUACGGGCAAGAAAGGACCUGAGAACUAUCUCAAGCAUCAACAUGAGUAAACUUUCUGCCACUGAUGUAACAUCUCUGCCUGCCUUUGACGCAGCAAUCUUGCUUGCAGCAUAUUCAUUAUUCAUUUCGUGCCGUCAGAACCCAGCACAUGUUGGCGUGAUGGAUGGUGCACUGAACUUUGAGUCGGAGAGAAUGCUUAUGUUAAGGGUAUUUCCCGACUCGGCAGCUGCUAGUACCUACCUAGCCCUUCACUACACACCUCUUUACUGCCUAUUAUCAGUAUCUGGGCAGAGCUGGGUCUUUAACAAGAAGGUGACGGACUUCAAUAUCUUUGCGGAACACCAGAGGUUACUAGGCGAAUGGUGCAAAUCUAGCACAGCUGCGAUCGCCACUGUUUUUGCUGCCCGUGCUUUGAGCAUCUUCCUUAACCUCAAAGCUUCAUCCGAUCAGGGAGAAGACAGAAGAGGAAAAUCCAACCAGCAACAAGUAGUGCAUUGGAAAGAUAUUUCGGACUACUGGGGUGUUUACGUUUGCUCGUUGAUCUGUUGGGCCUUUGGUAUUGAGGAUAAACAGGACAAGGACAAUACCAAAAUUUUGCUAAAAGCGCCAAAGCAGUGGAUAUUGACAGUUGCAGAUCUGGAGCCGUCCGAGUUGCAAGCUCAGAAUCACCGCAGUGGGGCUCAAAAGGUUGUAAGUCUCGUGAAGGAGGUGUUGGAAAACGAUUGUCUGGGCGGAGGAAACAUUCUUUUUGCAGAUGCCGUGAACGUUUUGAAACAACUAGAAAGGGGGGCAUCUGCCAGGCCGUGCCCAGAUGUUUGA